CUACUGUGGCUAAUCCUAGUGGAUUCCGUCUGUGUGGCAAACGCCUAGGUAGGAGAAAGGGGAGAAAGGAAUGACUGCGUUUACAGAGCAGGACAAAACUGAUAUGUUACCUGUAUUGUUCAUAACAGAAUGAAGAAAAUACCAAGACACACUCCAAUUAGAUGCAAGCCUUAAAAACAGAUUUUUUAAAACGGAUUUAACUCUUGGAUCAGAACGGAAAGAUUUCUAGUCGAACAGGACUGGAAAAUGAACAUGGAUGUCGGAGUAACGAUGGCAUCUUUGUGUAGUUAAAUCAAUUUCUAUCUUCUUUCUGGCACUAAAACUGCGCCGGCCGAAGUUUGUUCUUUAUUCAACUAUCGAUUAUAGAUGAGUCGUCUAUGGAGGCGUGACGUGCCCCUGUCUGAUCGGUUAGGACUACCCCCUGGUCCCCGUCCCACCAUGCCCCCCCCCCGGGCCCAAACAUCUCCUGGUUCCCAGAGGCCCCCCAGCUGACCUCAGAACAGCCCACCUUCCUGAUGACCACCGCUGCCCAGGCCGUGUCAGGCUUCUUCGUCUGGACCGCCCUACUCUUCACCUGCCACCAGAUUUACAUGCACCUGCAGUACUACAGUUCUCCUAAUGAGCAGAGACACAUCGUGCGGAUCCUCUUCAUUGUGCCCAUCUAUGCCUUUGACUCCUGGCUCAGCCUCCUCUUCUUCACUAAUGAGGAGUACUAUGUCUACUUUGACACCGUCAGGGACUGCUAUGAGGCGUUUGUCAUCUAUAACCUCCUCAGCCUGUGUUAUGAGUACCUGGGAGGAGAGAGCGUCAUCAUGGCUGAGAUCAGAGGAAAACCUAUUCAGUCCAGUUGUAUUUAUGGUACAUGCUGUCUCUGGGGGAGGAGUUACUCCAUUGGAUUCCUGCGGUUCUGUAAGCAGGCCACGCUACAGUUCUGUGUGGUCAAACCCGUCAUGGCCAUGGUCACAGUCAUCCUACAGGCCUUUGGAAAGUACCGCGACGGAGACUUCAAUGUGAACAGUGGGUACCUGUAUGUGUCCAUCGUCUACAACAUCUCAGUCAGCCUGUCUCUCUACGCCCUCUUCCUCUUCUAUUUCUCCACCCGGGACCUGCUCAGCCCCUACAGCCCCCUGCUCAAGUUCUUCAUGGUCAAAUCUGUCAUCUUCCUCUCCUUCUGGCAGGGCAUGUUGCUGGCCAUCCUAGAGAAGUGUGGGGCCAUCCCCAAAAUCAACUCACCCGAGGUGUCAGUGGGAGAGGGAACGGUUGCCGCCGGUUACCAGAACUUCAUCGUCUGCAUGGAGAUGUUCUUUGCCUCCCUGGCCCUGCGUCAUGCAUUCACAUACAGGAUCUAUAUGGACAAGAGGCUGGACUCUCAGGGCCCAGUUCCUAUGUAUGGAGAGUCUGGUCGCUCUGCCCCAAUGAAGAGCAUCUCCAGCAGCCUGAAGGAGACGAUGAACCCUGGAGACAUGGUCCAGGAUGCUAUCCAUAACUUCUCCCCGGCCUACCAGCAGUACACCCAGCAGUCCACCCUGGAACAGUGUCACUCUGCCCCGCCUGUGUCCCGCACCAUCAGCACCAUCAGCACCCGCGACAACGAGAAGACCCUGCUGCUCAGCUCGGAUGACGAGUUCUAAGUUAACACACACCAGCCCCAGCCAAUCACCUCUUUACUGACUGUUGGGGUGUGGUACUACCUCCUGGUCUUAUGGAGUAUUGGUAGGGGAUUUAAAGUGUGUUGUUUGGGGUUGGCAUCGACCUCAAUACAGGGAUACAGGACCAUAUCACUUAGCCUGGUCCAUUCAAUAUCCUCUACUACACACAAUUAAGGACUUUACAGGAACUCUUCUCUUGGUAGAAUAUACACUUAUUGGGAACAUGAUGUUAUGGUUGAAAAACUUCAAUGGUUGGUUAUAUAGGACUUAUAGGGAUUUUCUGAGAGAAUUAUACUUCACUUAUUAGAGAGACAUUUAUGGUUUGAAUAAAAGUGAUUUUAUCGUUACAAAAUGUGUCUGCUAGCUAGCUAACAUCCAAUGACGAUGAUGGCCCAUAUUAUAUUUAUAUUAAAAUACUUUGGCUAUGGAUGGCA